AUGAACUAGUAUUAUGAAAAGUUAUCUCUCAAAACAAAAUUUGAAGUACCAUAGCAAGUGCAUGCCGUCUUGAAAGGUCAUAAAGGAUGUAUUUAUUAGGUGAAAUUCAACAAAAAUGGUGAAUACUGUAUGUCUUGCUCUCAAGAUAGAUCUAUUAUUUUAUGGAACCCAAAUAAAGGCACCCUUAUAAAAUAAUUCUCAGGAUUGCAUAAUUAUGAAAUUUUAGAUGUAGCAAUUGGGGAAGAUAACUCCAAAUUUUGCUCAGUUGGAGGUGAUAAAUCUGCUUUCUUGUGGGAUGUUAAAUCUGAUAAAUUGUUAAGAAAAUUCGAAGGGCAUACUAAUAGAAUUAAUACAGUGUCUUUUAAUGAUGAUGAAAGCGUGGUCAUAACUGGAUCAUUUGAUACGACUAUUCGCUUUUGGGAUUUAAAAUCAAACACAUAUAAGCCUUUAGAUAUUUUUAAAGAUGCUUAAGACAGUGUUUCUAAAGUGGUUAUUAAUAAGUAUGAAGUAUUAGCUAGUUCAAUAGAUGGUAAAGUAAGAACAUAUGAUUUAAGAAUGGGAUUAGUAACAAAUGAUGAUAUGAAACAUCCUGUAUUGAGUUUUAGCUUAAGUAACGAUAAAAAAACAUAUGCUGCAAGUUGUAUGGAUGGCGGAAUAAGACUUGUAGAUAGAGAAAAGGGAGAGAUACUUAAUACGUAUUCUGGUCACUAGGUAAAAGAUAUAACUAUUGGUGUAAUGCACUCUUUUGACGACGCUUAUCUUAUCACAGGAAGUGAAGAUGGUUCUGUUUAUUACUACGACUUGCUUCAAUCUAAACCUAUUAAUUAAUUUAAAAAUCAUGUUAGAACUGUAUCAGCAGUAGAUUUGUCACCAUAGAGAAAUUUUAUUUUAUCAGGUUCAUUAGAUAAUACUAUUACAGUUUGGAAAUGA